CAGAGUUAACCAUUCCCAAGCCCACUCCUGAGAACUACGAACUAUUGCUGUUGCCGUGCUGCUAAUGAGAGAGAGAGAUAAAGCCCAGGCAAGAACAUUUACUACAGAUAAGAGGGGGAGGGAGACUGUUGAUUUACUGUAUUAUGACUCUUCCUGGAUUAUUUACUUUCCUCUACAAGGACUUCGCUCGUUAACAUUCCUCAAGAGAUAGCAGGGGUGGCAUUAGUUGAUGGACACGGUCAUUCAGAGUUGAUGGAUAGCUGAGACCCCGUGAGUAGGGAUAAAAGACAGGUCUGGAGACACACCCUUCAGACACACCAGUGGACACUGACUGAGUGUUGAGAACCCACAGAAAGGUGGGGACUUCGGAGACCGAACCAGGAGAUCGGUCAGUAAAGCUCACAGUGUUACAGCAGGGCCAAUGGGGACUUGUGUGUGUGUCCACUCAUGCCAGAGUGACGAGUCCACCACAGAAGAACGGUCUAGCUGAAGAACAGAGGGGUCAUAACUGAAUGACCACAAUGAUACGACGGAUUAAGAAAGCCACAAAAAGGAUGGUAAGGAUUUUUUGGAUGAUAUUUUUUAUUGACACCACCUCAGAAUCAGAAGGAAGUUCUACUCCACAGCUUCUGGAUUUCUUAGAUUCUCCUGAUUGUUUCAAACCUGCACUGCAGGAACACUACUACGGAUAUGUGGGUGACCCUUUUGAAGUGACAUGUGAACUAAAUAAUCUUAGUGAUAACAAUUCCAUUAACGAUUUAAGCGACCAAUUAUUAUGGUACAAACAAGGCAGGGAAGGAAGUGCUGAACAAAGCAAUGAUUGGAAUGAAGUUGUUAGUCAGAGAGGAAAGAAUUUUUCGCUUUCAUCGAUCAGCACAGCUGAUUCUGGUACUUACCUCUGUUUGCUCAGAAAUAGUGGCCUCUGUCUUAAGGCGGUAGUACUAAGUGUGAAAAAGCUGAACCAAACAGGUAGUCAAGCCACUCAAAGUUCUGAGGUUAUCCUAAUUCGGCAGAGAUCAGCUACAAUAUCAUGUCCAGGAAUUCAAUAUUUCAAUUCCUCAGGAAGAUCUCCUGUAGAGUGGUACAAGAAUGGGGAACUAUUUGAAGAACAUGAUUAUCGAUAUAGUCUUCAGUUAAGAAAUGAUCAAAUUCAUUUACAAACUGUAUAUGAAGAAGAUUCUGGCAAUUACACAUGUACCUUUAAGUUCUUUGAAAAUAACAUCCUGUGGCUUGUGAAAAGGACAUUAACCGUGAGUGUUAUGGAUCCCGACACAACAAAGCCUCCAACUGUAAUUGACCCGCAUGGAGUAAAGACAAAUGAAGUAGAGAUUGGUAGUUCUGUGCUGUUAACCUGCAAAGUUUCUUUUGGUUUUGAAAAGAAUUUUUCCCCUGUGAUAAAAUGGUUAAUAAAUGAGGAUGAGAUGGAAAAUCAGGGCAAAGUUCAGUUCAGCGAAGAAAAUAAAGAAUUUUUAUUGACUCGGGAAGCAAAACUGAAUGAAGUUACUGCAGAAGACUUUAAUACCAACUUCACUUGCUUCUCUCAGAAUUCCCAGGGAAAUUCAUCUGGGGUGCUUAGGCUGAAAGAGAAAGAGUCCUCUACCUUUCAAAUAAAAGUGAUAACCAUAUCUACAUCACUAAUAUUUGUGGUGAUUGUUUCUGGAUUUGUUGGAGUAUAUAAAUUCUGGUUGGAAAUUGUUCUACUUUACCGGCAUUAUUUCUCAAAGGAUGAAACCAUUGGAGACGGGAAAGAAUUUGAUGCCUUUGUUUCAUACGCAAGUUCCUGUUCAUCUGGGGAGGAUGUUGAGAGUGAUGACUAUUCCAUUACAGAGGAGAGGUUUGCCCUAGAGCUGCUUCCCAGCAUCUUGGAGGAGCAGUAUGGGUAUAAGCUGUGCCUCUUUGAGCGAGAUAUUCUCCCUGGAGGUGUUUAUACAGAAGACGUUAUUUUAUGUAUAAAAAGAAGUAGGAGAGUAAUAAUUGUCCUGAGUCCUAAUUACUUUGCUUCAACUAAAUCAAGACUCUUUGAACUGCAAACAGGCAUCAACACCAUGCUCGAUAAUUUCAAAACCAAGGUGAUUUUGAUCAAUUUCCAUGCCCUACCUCAUGGAACUGAUCUUCCAGACAAUGUUAAAAGGGCCAUUGCGGUGCUGCCGGAGAUUAUGUGGAAAGGGAACAAGUCUUCUCAUCCAUCCUCAAAGUUCUGGAAGAUGCUUAGGUACUAUAUGCCAGUGAAGAAGAAAGAACAAUGUGAGCAAAAUGAGAUGUCAAAAGCAUUAAUCUAACGGACAGACUUUGAUCUAUUUGUAACUACUAUGUAGGUUAUUUGUCUAUUUAAUUCAAAUACGUGUUAUGUAUUGUUGGAAGUACUGGAAGGUCAGAGGCUGUUUUAAUUGUACAAUGUAAAUGUAUAUCAACACAAUAAAUAUUGUUCUGCUUAUAAAAAGAGUGUGUUUGUUGCAUCAGUUUUGGAUGUAGACCUUAGAAUACAGAUCCGUACAGCACAGUAUGGGUGCUUUGGCCGACGAUGUUGUGCUGACCUACAGUAAAUGAUUAUUUGCAGAUGACACACUGUUGGAUGGUUGCCAGACUUGUAGCAGGUCUCCACCUCGGGACAAGUUAGGAUCAGCAUACCUUUACUUGUAAAAUGAAACA